AACAAAAUGGAGUCAAAAUGAUGAAUCGAGUUGUUUUUCUCUUGUAAUAUUUCAAUUUCUGCGAAAUCAAAAUAGUCAUGACAUAAUCAGACGGUUGGAAUAUAAAAUACAGACAUUUAAUUUUGACUCUGAUGGGUUAUUUACUCCCAUUUUGUUGUACAUCGUGAAUGAUGUGCACUGCAAUCAGUAACAGUGGUUCUCCAAGGUUGCUGCCAUCUUCCUGCAGGUCCUAUGAUUAUCUGCUGAAAUUCCUGUUAGUUGGAGACAGUGAUGUCGGUAAAGAGGAAUUAUUGUCGGGAAUGGAUGAUGGUGCGAUGGAAUCGCCGUAUGGUUACUCCAGUUCAGGAAUAGAUUAUAAGACUACCACUAUUUUAUUGGAUGGUAAAAGAGUCAAACUACAAUUAUGGGAUACGUCAGGUCAAGGUCGUUUCUGUACGAUUUUACGAUCCUAUUCUAGAGGCGCACAGGGUAUUUUAUUGGUAUAUGAUAUCACCAGUAAAUGGUCGUUUGACGGAAUUGACAGAUGGAUCAAAGAAAUAAAUGAGCAUGCUCCAGGAGUGCCGAAGAUUCUGGUCGGAAACAGACUCCAUCUGGCCUUCAACAGACAAGUCAGUAUCGGGGCUGCCGAAACUUACGCUAUUAAAAAUGACAUGGCAUUUUUUGAAGUCAGUCCGUUGUGUGAUUUUAAUGUGACUGAAUCGUUUGCGGAGUUAUCUCGCUUAGCGUUAAAACGGAACGGUAUGACUAGGACUUGGGGUCCCAAUAAAGUAUUAAGCUUACAGGAAAUAGCGUGUCGAACCAUAGUUUCUCGUACAACCAUAUAUGGUAUUGAUCAACUUCCACUGCCACCUGCAUUAAAAUCCCAUCUGAAAUCAUACGCCUUGACAAACAAAACACGAGCUCGUAUGCUCAGUUUCUUACACCGAGACAAACAUAAAAAAUCAAAGUAUUUGAAUCCGUGCGAUUCCCCGCCAAUGAACUGUCGUAAAAGUUGUUGUAUUAGCUAACAUAGCCUCAUUUUCAUCUGUGUAUAUACUUCAUUCUGUCUCAUUUCUACUAAAGAGUUAUGUGCCCUUGUUGUGGUUCGUGAACUUCGUGCUAGUGUUGUGUUUCUGGGAUUCGAAAGAGAGUGAGGAAUAAAAUGAAGGUUUUUAUGCUUCCCAUAAGCCAUUGGUGCCAUGUGGAUAUAAUUUGUGCUAAUUUUGAUUCUUCUUGAAAACAAGGGAUGUUGAUUUUAUUGUAUUUGCCAGUGUUGUCUGACUAGAAAUUGACUUUUUGAAAUUCUUUGAGAAUUUUACUGCGAAAAAACCAGAAACAUUUUAAGGAAGAGAAUACUAAUUCAACAUUUUGUAUCAAAUUUUCUAAUAGAUUCCAGAAAUAAGACUUCACCUUAUUUGAAUAAGCUAGUAAGCUUAUAGUUUGAAAUCAGCUCUAUGUUACAAAAUGUCCGGCAGAAAAUAUGAAAUCAACAUCCCUGGUGAAAGUGACUUUGUGAAUAUGGAUGUGCCUAUUUAUUUAUCUUCUCAUUGUGUUUUUAUUAUAAGAUAUCAACAGAAUGUUCUCAACAGAUCACUGUGGUUAAUUUGACGGAAUAUUAUUUGAUUUCAGUAUUUUCUUUAAUUAUAGUGCAACAAAUACUUUUGCCUUGUUAUACAACAUGGCAGGUUUCUGUUUAACUGAUGUAUAUUUUGGUCUUUCUUGAUUACACAAAUUUAUUUCAAUUUUCCAGUCAGAUUUCAUUUGUUCUCGUCAUUAAGAUGUAGAAUUAUAAGACCUAUUGUUUAUGAGCUCAAAAACCUACUAUGUGUGUAGCUAGAAGAAGCAAGAUAGUUUAAAAUGGCAG